UAGUGGUGUGGGGAAAACUCGCAUACUUAGAUUGGGAGACCAGGGAUAGAAAGAGCUGGUGCAUCAUCACCAGCGACGAAUGACAACGGCGACGACAACGAAUAGCAUCGAUAACGGAGCGGAGGAGAGGGCUGCUGGUUUUCGUGGCCGCAACUGUGGGUUCGCGCCGGUCUGAUUUAUUAUGGACUCGCCACCGGCCGCCAUUUCUUAUGUGGAUUCUAGAUGACACGGUUUAAAGGGCCGUACGUGCGAGGCACAAAAGGGGAGACUGCAGCUGAGAGGAAAGCGCAUCACCGGGUCUCGGAACUUGUGCCUUGCUGCGCGCCUCACUCUCGCAGCUCUGGACGCGUCGCGUACAACUUACGAGGCGAGAAUGCUAGUGUAGAACCGACAGGGAAUGGUCACCCGAAAAUUAUGAGCCUCCAUUCCUGUUUGAAGGGAGUGGGAAGAGAAGAAGCUGGUCCAGCGAGCAGCGGAGCUUGGCUGUUAGCAUUUGCCAUCUGAUCACCAAGGUGGGGAGAAAAAAGCCAGUACUCCCAGUCCGACGAGGAUACAUUAAGUGCGUACGUGGUGUGUAUGUAGCGCGGGCGCCAUCCCAGUUUUGUGACUGACAUUUGCACAGAGAUGCACGUCUAACGUGGGGGAAGGGAAGUAGCGGCAGAGUGCUUUUUGGCGGUUCACAUCUGCAGCAGCGAUGGAGGAAGUACAGCGCGGUCUUCAGACAACGUACAGAGGAGCAACGAUGACGUCGACGUCAGCUGAAGAGAGUGCUGCUUCCCCCACGACGUCAGCAGCAGCAGCAGCAGCAGCACCAACAGCCUCCUCCACAGCCGGCAUACUGGCCAGCAUUGACCGUGAUCUGCAGCAGAAGAUAGAGCAUGAGAUUAAGAUGCGUGAGGGGACAACCAAGCUGCUGGCAGCUUCCAAACACCCCACCCAGCUCCUGGAGGCAACACGCACCCUGCUGUGCUCCAACGCUCGCAUCAUUGCCUACAUGACAGAGCUGCAGCGCCGUAAGACGCUGGAGGUCCUGGGACAGUCUCAAUCGACCGAGGGGAACCAGCUUCCCUGUAGAGCACAGUUGAACGUUUCAGACAUUCGGAUACCACUGAUGUGGAAGGAUACUGACCACUUUAAGAACAAAGGAGACUACCGCCAGUAUUCUGUGUUUUGCUUGCUGAAAGUUGGAACUGAGAUUUUUGACACCUCCAUGAUCAAUGUUGAUCGCAGCAUGACUGAUAUCACAUUUGAAGAUGUGCUGCUCUUCCAAGAUGUGCCCCAUGACUUUGAGCUCAAGUUUGAAGUAUAUUGUCACAAACUUCAUGAAGAGCUUUCAGUUGCUAACACACCCAAAAAAAUCAGAAAAAAGAUCACAGACCUUUCGGGCUCAGUUGGAAGAAGUGUUGGAAAACGUCUCUCAGGACUGAAUGAUGCAGAUGUCAUUGGAAACAUGGUUUUAGGUCCUCGAUUUGAACUGGUUGCUAAGGGAACAUUGCAGUUACAGGAUGUGGAUGACUCUGUUCGAACAUUCGAUUUUGAACUGGAGAGAAAUUCAGAGGGAGCACUGCCAGAGCUGCCACUGUUUGGACACUAUUGCUGUCGAUUAGCAGCUGUCCCAGACUGCCUCGUAAAACCUGUUGUCUCAGGCUUCCUCAGCGUGCAGGAAGAUGAUGAUCUCUCAAAGUGGCGCCGUUAUUGGUGCGUGCUAAAAAAUCUACGCUUGGCAUGCUGGUUAUCCCCAACAGACAUAGAAGUGGCCCAACCUUUGCUGACCAUCCCUAUCACCAAGAGCACACAGAUCAGUGAUGCAGACCCUAGUACUUGCAAGCGGGCACACACAUUCCUCAUCAAAACAGUCAGCUUGUUAGGGGUGUCAGAACAUACAUUAGCAGCAGAUUCCAAGGAGGAAGUGAAUAAGUGGUGGGAUGGAUUCCAACAGCAUCUUUUAGACCAAGCUUUGUGGAAACAUGCAUGUGAUGAGGUAAUGCAGAUCAAGCCUCCAACCAAGAACAAGAUGCCUUUCUUCAGAAAGAGUUCCAUAUAUGAGGACACACCUCUCAUAGAGCCUGACUCAGUGAGUGAUAGCAUAGUGAAUGAUCUGAAGGUUGAUGAUGCCCAUUUAAGCCAAAUGCUGACAACGCUCAUGGGAGAAGCCAGUCAGAUUCGUGGAGGUUCCUCAAGACAUGGUUCCACUUCAUAAGUUUUUCUUGACUUGAUAGACUCUGAUUAUGUACCUUCAUAAGCCAUGCAGAGAAAUGACAUUUUUGGCUCUGUGCCAUAAGAGAUUUUGACCUUCACUUACAUUUGAAUUGGAAGAAUUGCAUCAUUAAGCGACGGGAUCUGUUUUCUGCACUGGAGAAAAAUGACCAAAGAGAAAUAUAAAUGGGAAAUGUGGAACAAUUACUGAGUUGGUGCUCAUUGUGCCCUGAACACUUGGAGGUUUUACAAGAAGCAGGUUAAAAUUUCAUCUAAUAAGUUACAGAGAAGCAGCAUGAAGGUGGAUAAAUACAGAAUGAAAAAUGGGAAUAACGCCCAGCACAGAGUGUGAUGGGGAGUGUAAUGUGAGUGUGGUGUUGCAAAGAUGACGAUAGUCCAGCACUGCACUAUACAGGCAGGAGUCUGUUUCUCACUUUACUGGAUUCCUUGAUCAUUACCUGGUGAAAUGUUCUGCAGAAGACUAACCAUACUGAGCAAGUCAUAAUCAUUACAGAAGAGCAGAUUCCCCAAGACGAGUCUUGCCAUCUUUGGGCCAUUAUGGUGUGCUAGUAAUUUCAGGUCAAGAGCAGUUGUGCCUCACUUUUUAAACACUCACA